AUCACACCACCUGCCGAGGGUUUUAGCUGGCCGUCGAUUGGCUGUCACCGGUAGGGUUUUUUGACAUUUUGGGUUUUCAAAGUCAGUCGUCUCCUCCUCUAAUACAGUCCCCACUAUAUCGCCCAAUCCAUAAUAUUCUGAGAAUCCACAAGCCUUAGAAACUUGAAAGAUGAAGAGGAAGCAUACUAAUCCGAAGAAAUCUAAACCGUCGAAGAAGACGAAGAAGAACCCUGAAACACAAUGUGUCGAUUCUCCGGUAGAGGUCGUAAAAACCAAACCUUUUGAUCAAGGGGAAAUCGUCACGGGCACUGUUGCCCAAGAGCGUCCAUGGGAGAACCUUGAGCUUAUACUGUCGCUGCAGAGCAGUGAAUUGGGCGACAAAGAGAAGGUGGAGUUGGCUUUCAGUUUUGUGAAAGCACAUGUAGGAGAAGAAGUGACUGACGACGAUGAAGAACAUCAAGCGGUUAAGAUGUCGCGGCUGAUUAUUUAUCUCAGUGAAUGGAUCCAGUCACUGUUUGUUUCAAAAGAGAAGAGCUUUCAAGUUAAGGCCGAUAUAGGUUUGGACUUCAGAUGCUGGGAGAUCCUCAGGUUCUGCUUGAAUCAGUCAUCAGUCUUGCACGUCUCUCUCAAUUUGUCUAGGCACCUUCUAAAGGCUAUAGGCUUUCUGGCGGAAAGUCUUUUAUCUGCACUCAACACGCCCUUGUCUUCGGAUGGUCACGGUUUUGAAGUUUACAGUUCUGUGGUUGAUUGUGUGGGCUUGAUGUUUUCGUCCAAAAGUGGGAUGUCCAAUGACAAUUUAGACCUGUGGUUUUCAACUGUGGAGCCUGUCCUGAAGCUCACACAUAAAGUUCUUGCAGAGAAUAUCAAGGAUAGCGUAGCUGAUGCAUUUGUCCUUAAAUUCUCUUGCUUAGUUCUUGAGCCAUUCUCUAAGUUCUUAAUGACUCAUCCUACUAAGAAGAAUGGGUUUAGUGAUUUUCUGGACAAGCUUUUCCUUCCCUUCUUGGAUGUGUUGGGUUUAUUGAAUCUCAGCGAGCACAGAAAUUCCGGUUUAGAAAUAUCCUUGUCGAAGUUGAUUCAAGACAUAUUAUCUCUGGGUCUGUUUCAUUCAGCACAUAUUGAUGGGUUUUUAGGCCUAGGUGGAUCGGAAAGGUAUUUACCAGAGUCGAAAGCGAACAAAACUGUUCUGAAAAGCUAUCAUCGGCAUUUUUUUUCCAAGUUCGAGAACAUGUUACUAAUGAAGAUGGAGUUGGAGCUGAGCUGUAUGGGGUCAUUGUAUAGAUUGUUUAUCGACAGAGUGAUGAAACAACAGAGAGAUUCAAAUCAGUUACAGGAAGGCAUGACGACAAAGGCCUUAACUGCUGGGCAAGCAGAAGAAAGGCCAUGGAAGCAGCACGGUGCCGCUACAAAUGAUAAAGAGUCUUCUUCUUCAAAGACUCAUUGCUCAACUUCCCUGCGCCUGGAGACACGGAAAUCACUUUUUGAUUUCUUCCUGCAUCUUAUAGAACCUAUAUUGCUUAAGAUCGAUGGAUAUGUUGAAUCUGGCUCUGAAAUGACAUCUCUCUUAGGUGAUUUCUGCUGUUUUAUGAAGUCCGCAAAUAGUUUGCUGUUCCACUUUGCUCAUCAGCGAAUAUAUGUGAAGACAGAGGAUGCAUCUGGAGGAGCUUGCUUUUGUUACUUGAAGAAGAUCUUCAUAACAAUAGUCUCAGUUGCUUCUCAAUUACAAAAUUAUUCUACAUAUGAUGAAGUGUCAGCAAUGCAUGUUUCAUUAGCCAAGGAGCUAAUAACUGCGAUAGGCUACUUGUUGCAAAUUGAAUACGAAGUUAUUGAGAAUGAUUUAGUUACUUUGUGGUUAGUCAUUCUCUCUUUCCUGGGGUUUAGUACCUUUUCAUCAGAGAAUGCACAAGACGACUGUUCGUUGACUUCAUUGUUACUUGGUCUUGGAUGCCAGUUGAUAGAUUUAUAUAGUGACCUCCGCCAGGUAAGUGUUGUUGUAUUUGCUCUGUGCAAAGCUGGAAGGCUUGUGAUACCUCCUGAUGGUGAUAAUGGGAAGAUGAUCGAAACCAAAGAGCUUCCACGGUCUAAUGUUUCUCUUUUAGAAAGAAGCGCCAAAUCAGUGGAAAAGCUUUUGUCAUCUCAGGAUUUAAGACUUGCUAUACAUAGAGCUAUUAAAGUUAUACCAGAAGGCCAAGCAGGUGGUUGUAUCAAGAGCUUGACUACAGAUGUAUCAGAAACCAUGGAUUGGAUAAGAGUUAGUUGUUCAACAACUGCUAGAGAACAAGAUGGACAGGUAGCAGCACUCUUGGCCGGAGCUUUGUCUGAUAUCUAUUCACUUAUACUCGACUCACUAACUAUUACAACCGGGAAUAGUAGCCUUGUUGGCCAGUCCAUGAAUCAUCUGGUGGAUCUCAUCCGUCCUUGCUUAACCCACCUGGUUUCUUCAGACUCAGAUUGCAUUGAAAACUUCCUCUCUGCUGUCACCGGAAAGGGCUUGGACAUUAUGAUGGCUGAAAAGAAUAGGGAGGCCUACAGAAAGUCUGCGCGCUUGUUUAUUGUCUUCUUCUUACGAAUUUACAUGUCAUCCAGAAGCUUAUAUAGGCAGGUGAUUAGUCUUAUGCCUCCAAAUAAAUCAAAAGAGAUGGCUGCCAUUAUGGGCGACUCUGUCGCAGCUCGUUGCGGAGGUGAUUGGGUAAAAGAGGAAAGUUGGAAUGAUGAAGGCUAUUUUUCAUGGAUCUGCCAACCUUCAGCUUCUAUCGUUGACAUUAUUAAACACAUUUCAGCUAUUUACCUCAAGGAUGACAGUGCAGAUUGCUCCUUGCUGGUAUAUAUAUUGUAUGGUGUCACUCUUCAGAGACUUGCUGAUUUAAACAGGCACAUAAAAUCACUUGAUUAUGUGUCACAGAUCAGUGACAAUCAGAUGCAUGGUACAAUGCUCCAGCAUUUAUCGGUUCUUAAGUGUGAAGGAGAAGAGCUUACUGAUUUUCUCUUGGGCGACAACAUCAUACAAGGAUUUUCUGAUGUUGGAACUUUUGAAACGAUAGAUAACACUGAUCAGUGGGUUCUCAGUGUUUCAGGCAUCAACUGGAAGUCUUUGCCUGCUGUGCGUUUGUGGGUUCUUAGCCAGCAUAUUGAUAUUUGGUGCCCCCAUGCAGGAAAAAAGAAAUUGAAGAGUUUCCUCUCUCAGCUAAUAGGAAGUUCCGUUCCUCGUAUUUUGAACGGAGUGGGUAUGUCUACUCUUGGCACUCAGAAGAAGAAAACAGGGUUGGAACAGUUUUCCUUAGGACUUCUUUGUGAUUCAGUAUUGUAUGAGCAUGAAUUUGUUCGCAGAUAUUUGGCGCCGAGUUUCUCUCACGUACUGAAAACGACGGCCGAAUCUUUUUUCAAGGAUUUUACUGAAGAAGUAAACUUUGAUUCACCACCAGAUUGGUCAGAGGUGUUAAUCUUGCUUGAAAGUUCAGUUGCCAACUUAUCUGGAAAGCUUCAAUCAGAAGCCUUUGUAGAGGCACAUGUGCCACACCUGGACAAUCGGAAGUUCACAACUUGUCAAAAUUUGCUAAAUCUUUUAUGUGGUAUGCCCAAGGAGUAUAUGAACAAGAAGUCAUUCCAACUUUAUGCAAGUUUUGUUCUUGACCUUGAGAGGUUUACAGUUUUUAGCAUGUUGAGAUGUUUGAACAAGCUGUCUCCGGGUGAUAUGCAAAACCUUUUCAGCCUGUUCAUCACUUGCAGAAAAACUUUGAAAAGUAUUGCUAUGAUUUCUUGCGACAAGGUGCUAGGAGCUACCAAGUUACCUUUAUCUGAUAGUUCGUUGUUGGCUUCUUGGCUUCUCAAAUCAGCACAAGCUGCGGUAACUUGUCAAGAGAGAUUUAGGAAUGAGUUUACAGGAAAAUCAAGAGACGCCCUAUUUUCUUUGAUGGAUCACACAUCAUAUAUGUUUCUAAGUGUAAGUAAAUAUCAAUUCAGCAAGGCGCUACCACUGUCUGAUGGACAAGCGAACCUUAUAUUUGAGAGCUUGGCCGAACAGGCAGAAACUCUACUCAAUGCUUUGAGGGCAACCUUCAGAGAUGAGAAAACAGUCUUUGAAUGUGAGACUCUGGUACUGAGCAAGUUAGCACCCAUAUUUUCUUGUUUGAGUGGGUUGUUGUGGGGAUUAGCAUCUGCAGUGAGUCACAGAGAUAUGCAGAAGAAUCAUCAGAACACAAAACUGAGAUGGAAAUCAGAACAGUUUUCGAAGCUUUCCGGCAUUAUCCAUGUGCUUAGCAAUUUUUUUGAGGUUUUCGCGCAGUGUCUGUUUCUUAGUGGUGACGUGCAGCGGGAAAUCCAAACCAAUAUAAACUGGACCAAAUUGCUUGAUGGGACCGAGGUUUCAAAUGGUGUUGUGUGUGGUGACGUAGUAGAGAGUAGCAGAGAUGUGAAAAAACAAAUUAUUGAGAGCUUCAUAAAGGGUGAUUCGUCGGAAGUAGUAUUGGCACUCAGACAUCUGCUAAUUGCUUCUGCUUCUAUUUUACGGCUAAAUCUGCAGAUCGAUGGCAUUACCUUCUCACCUACGUUUAUCUCUGUUCUCACAGACAUUUCAAAUGAUCUGCUAUCUGUCUUCGCAGGCAUGAGCGAGGCACCCCUCGAAUCCUCAUUUAUUUGGUUGGAUGGUGCAGUGAAAGUUCUGGAAGAAUUAGGGAGCCACUUCUGCUUAUCUAACCCUACACUAAACAGAGAUCUGUACUCAAAGCUGAUUGAGUUGCACCUGAAGGUGAUUGGGAAAUGCAUAUCGCUACAAGGAAAAGAUGCUACCUUGGAAUCCCACGAGACGGGAUUUGACAGUAAUGUAAUCCAUGCUAAGAAAAUGCUAUCAGAAAAAAGCCGGUUUGAAAGAUUGCAUUGGUUGGAUGAACUAAAAGGGAGGCUUAGAAUGUCAUUCAUAGUGUUUAUACAUAAUUCCUCAGAGCUACACUUACUGUCGGGAGUACAGGCUAUAGAAAGAGCACUGGUUGGAGUGUGGGAAGUGUGCCCAGCUAUCUACAGCAUACAGACUGGAAACAGAGAUGGGGGCAGAAUCUCUGAAACCGCUGCUGCCGGUAUUGACUGUCUGGACCUAAUUCUGGAGCAUGCCACAGGUCGCAAACGUUUGAAUGUAGUUAAAAGGCACAUUCAGGGAUUAAUGUCGGCAGUGUUCGGAAUCAUGGCUCACAUGCAGAGUCCAUUUAUUUUCUGCACAAAUGCAGUUGUUGGACCCAAUUCUCCAGAUGCUGGGUCAGUCAUUCUUAUGUGUGUCGAAGUCUUGAUAAGAAUAGCAGGGAAACACGCAUUGUUUCAGAUGGAUUCAUCGCACGUAGGACGGUCCGUACAUAUGCCCGGAGCAAUUUUUCGAGAUUACCUUCAGAUUACAAGGGUGGGAACCUCGGUUCUGGAUGGAAACUUGGUACGUAAGGAUGAUCAGGAACAAGAUGUGUUAGGAAGAUCUAAAGAUCUCCACGUAGACCAGAAAUUCUCAGUGAGCUUGUAUGCUGCUUGCUGCCGACUAUUAUAUACUGCUGUCAAGCAUCAUAAGAAUGAAACUGAGGGCUCCAUUGCUACGCUGCAAGAAUCUGUUUCUGCGCUUCUUCAUUGUCUGGAGACGGCAGGAAAUAAUUUCGGUAAAUGUGUUUCAUGGGAAGUGGAAGAGGGAAUCAGAUGUGCUUGUUUCCUCCGGAGAAUCUAUGAAGAGCUAAGACAGCAGAAGCAAGUUUUUGGACAGCACUGUUUCAAGUUCUUGUCAACAUACAUAUGGGUUUCUUCCGGGUACGGUCCUCUUAAAACGGGUAUCAAAAGGGAGGUAGACGAAGCUUUAAGGCCUGGUGUGUAUGCUCUUAUAGACUCUUGCUCACCUCACGAUCUUCAAUAUCUUCAUACAGCAUUUGGUGAAGGUCCUUGCAGAAACUCUCUAGCAACUCUGCAACAAGACUACAAGUUGAACUUCAAGUACGGAGGAAAAGUCUAGAUAAUCACAAUUAGUGUUGUGGUAAGUUCCUUAGAUACGCCACAAGAGUUUUAUUAUAACGGGAUUUGGUCAUUUGUUGAAGUUGUAAAGUUGGUGGUAAGAGAAUAGUAAUUGGUUGUUAAAGACAUGAGUUACACAAACUAUAGAAAAAUAUAUUUUGAUUCUUGUCUGCCACUAAUCAACCACACUUCUUGCUUGGAAGUUAAAAUUAUUAUAGUUAAAAAAAAGUUAGAAAGAAAUUGCCCGAUGAUUGUCAAACCAAAUAGACCACCGUAUCUCAGCCGUUCCACGGCGGCUUCAACUACCAUUUUUCAAGGUGCCGGCUGCUAAAUUCAUUAAUAUAUUUGUGGCAGGCGUUGUGAAUAAAAGAAGAUGAAAGUCAUUGUCCUUUUAGUCGAAUCAUAUCUAUUGGAGCCGAAAGUGUACUUUACUAUGGUCGGUUUUUAAUAUUUUAUCAAUUAUUAUCUGAAUAGACCGAAUUAGUUUGAUGUAUACAUUUCCUGGAAGAAAUAAAACAUUUAUACUCCAACCAAAGAAAGAAAAAGUCAAUUUCUCCGCAUGAUAUAACCAAAUGCAUUUGUAAAGAUUUAACAUUUGAC